CAAAAUAUUAAUGAAAGUGAAAAUCAUCAAAUCAAUACUAACAUUUCUUUGUAUUUUUUUUUUACAAAGCAGUACUGAAAUUCUAUUUUGAGUAACAAUUCUUGGAGUAAAUGACAUAAUGAUAUUGAGGCCAUUGUUUCAUUCCAAUUAAGCUUUGUUUCUCAUACAACCUGCUACUAUAUUUCUGAGUUGUUUUUUGCAUCUUUUCUUAUAAAAUACCUUUUCACUAUUAUUGUAUACAGGUCAAGGCCAAGCCAUUAUCUUUGUAGAGUCCAGCAGAACAUUGGAAUGUUAUGUAAGAGAUGAGGCAAUUGACUAUGGGCAGUGCUCUGCAGGGCGCCAGCUUCCCUGGCCCAUUGAACAGAGGCAUCCCUUCAAUAAAUUUUAACGAACAAAAUGCUUCCCCAAGCUUCCAAAAAUCCGCUAGGACUCAGAGUCACCUUUUACGGAAACCCUGCCUUCCACCUGUAAAAAUCGUCCCUGCAGACAGUGCAGCCCAAGGUCUGUGCAGACCCCAGGGUCAUGCUUAGAGGCCAAAAGGUAGACCAGUCCCACCGUGUGUGCUGUUGCCUCCCACACCUGACCACUCCUAAAGACGUCCUAAAAUCCGGUGGAAACAUGUCAGGGCUGAUACCCAGGACAAAGGUAACCCAGACGACACACACCCCGACUUUCCUCUUGGGUCAGGAGGGCAGUGCUCCUGCGCUGCCCGGAUAUGAUACUCGGUAAUACCAACCUCCUGUAUGGUCACCCGCCAGUUUCCAGGCACCGACCUGCUUUAAUCCUCUUCUCCUAAAGCUCUCCACCACCUUCUAAAGAGGAGUUGUGAUUCCCAAUUCAGAGGCCAGGAAACAGGGACUUACGCUUCAAGUGACAGCCCACCAUCUGAAAACUAUGAAGCACUGGUGUGAUUCCUCGGCACUCUCACUGCUGCACUCCAGGCUUCCAGCCAUUUAAAGAGUGGGGCCCGCUUCAGAGUAGAAGGGGGCAACCGAGUAGGAAGCGCUGGAGCAAAAAGAAAGUUGAGCGUAAGGGGGGCUUAAUAACGGAGCCGUCUAGGCUCCACGUGUCCCAUGCCCCUGCUCUGGGGGCAGCCACAGGCCCUCCCUGCAGGCGGCCGCGUUUUCCUAAGUCCCGGUCUAGGCAGUCCGUAUCUCGGGGGUCUCUGAACCCCCGUGUCCCUCCCUCCCCAGCAGCGCAUUCCGCUGAACCAGCUUCCAAACCCUCUGCUCACCUCCCACUCCCGCGACCCCUACAGCGGCUAGUGCGGCAGCCGUCCCGCAGCGCCCGCCGCAGAGUGCACAGCGCGCUGGCCGCGGAGCUGGGGUUCUGGCUCGGAGUCCCCGGGAGCGCUCGUGGCUGCGCAGGCGCGGAACCAGCCGGCCGGCAGCGAGCUACAGCUGAGGUGCCGCAGCGCGUCUGGGUUCCCGUGGCAACGCGGUACACAGACGCUUGGGAGCUGCGCGCGCCGUGUGCUUCCGCAUAGCUGAGAUGGAGCCUGUUAACAUCCCUUUUGGGACAUGUCAGCAGAGGAAGCUCUUUCCUCACUUCCAUCCCCCAAACUUCUUGGGGAACAAGUUUCUCCCUCUUAGGGGAGUGCCCCACAGAGGGCCUGGAUGCUACAUAGCAGACGAUAAGUAUGGCUUGGCAUACAAUCUCUCUAAGAUCCCGACCAGCAGAAGAGGAUAUGCUUUUGGAGCCAGAACAGCACUGAGGUUUACGCCAAUCAACAAGGAUAUGAUGCCUUCCCCAGGCAUGUACCAGACAGUUAAUCCUCAGGAGCAAAAACACAAACAAAAUUUUGCUCCAUUUAAUGCCUCAUUGCCUCGAUUUAGGAUAUACUCGAAGGACAGUUAUCACCCCGGCCCUGGCACAUACAACCCAGAGACAAAGCUACCGCAGAAGAUCAGCUGGCCAAUGAAAUUUGGAUCUCCGGACUGGGCUCAGGUUCCCUGUGUACAGAAAAGAACCCUAAAAGUUGAGCUGUCCGCUGACAAAGAAUUUAGAAAGCAUCGGAACCGUGUGGCCUACCUAUGCCUGUUCUACAAUUGCAGGGCUGGGAGUACCUUCCUGAGCAACUCCUGUCCACAGCCUCUCCAGGAUUGA